AUAGUAAUCAUCUUCCCUAUUCGUUAAACCCUUGCAGCCCUUGCCAUGGCGGGCGCUCCGUCGGCGAAGAAGAAGCAGAAAAAGGGGGACGAGCUUUCUGAUUUGAAAAUUCUUGGGCAACAGUUGCUGACUUCUAGAGCUCACGUCAACAACCUCUCCCACCUUCUCAAAUUCAUCAGCGUCGAUUCGCCUCCGCAGUUCGUUCUUGAGUGCCUCCUCUCCCUCCAGUCGUUUUUUACUCCGCUUGUGCCUCAACUCCCGGCGUCCUCUUCCUCGGAACCUCCGAAAACUCACCCUGAUCCUGAAUUUAAGUAUCGCACAUGGCUGCGAUCCAAGUUCGACGAUUUUAUGCUGCGCCUCACUAACGUUGUCGUCGCGUCUGAGUGCGAGGAUGCUCUUCGGGAAGUUGUGCUGGACGCGAUAAUGGAGUUCGUGAAAGUGGGGCAUGCUGGAAAAUUUCAUUCUGCUAUAUAUCACCGACUUCUUGAUGUUUUGGUUCACUCAACAAUCAGCUCUGAUGACGUUUUAUUUGAUUUGCUUGUAGCAAAGUAUUUCAAUUACAUUGAUGUAUGUUACUUUACUUACAUCAGUCUGGGAAAGCUGGCUCGGACUCUGGAAGGGAAAGAAGACAAAAGUUUGUGUUCAGAUGGCAAGGAUGGUAUCCAGACGCAAUCAAGCAUGGAACUCUCAGUUCGUAAAAUUCAUAAUUUACUAUCUCAAAUGCCGUCAUUGGAAGAUUCAGAGAAAGAGUUAAAUAUAUGGAGUGCUUCAGGUGUUUUCCCUGGAAAAAGCAAUGACAAAGAAUGUGUUGACCUGGAAGAUAAACAGAGGAAGUCUCAGGGGGCCAAAAACAAAGUUCGUUCUAUAGAGGUUUUGCCACAUCGAAGCAUAUGGAAAAAAAUGAAAUUAAAAUUUACCAAAGCAUGGAUAUCAUUCCUCAGAUUGCCUCUUCCCCUUGAUGUAUACAAGGAGGUUCUUGUUAGCCUUCAUCAGGAUGUCAUCCCUUACCUCUCCAAUCCAAUUAUGUUAUGUGAUUUCUUGACUCGAACUUAUGACAUUGGGAACGUAGUCAGUGUUAUGGCUCUAAGUAGUCUGUUCAUUCUCAUGACACAACAUGGUCUGGAAUAUCCCAAUUUCUAUGAUAAACUUUAUGCUCUGCUGGAGCCCUCUAUCUUUUUGGCAAAACAUCGUGCAAAAUUCUUCCAGCUACUGGACGCCUGCUUGAAAUCAUCACUCCUCCCUGCUUAUAUGGUUGCUGCCUUUUGCAAGAAGUUGGGGAGGCUUGCACUCUUUGUUCCUCCUUCAGGAGCACUAGUUAUUGUUGCUUUGGUGCACAACCUUUUACUGAGACAUCCUUCAAUUAGCUUUUUGGUGCAUCGAGAAGGUGGCACUGAAACUACUACAGAAACUUCAGAAGAUAAUGGCAUUGCCAACCAGGAGACGUCGCAGGAUAAAGCUGGAAUUGAUUACUUCAACAAUGAGGAAAAUAAUCCCAAGGAUGCUAAUGCCAUGCGCAGCUCUCUCUGGGAAAUAGAAUCUCUUCGCCAUCAUUACUGCCCUGCUGUGUCCAGAUUUGUUUUGUCCAUGGAGAAUGAUUUAGCAUUCAGGACUAGAACACCUGAAAUUGCUAUUAAAGAUUUUUGUCAUGGCUCAUAUGCAACAAUUUUCAAUGCUGAGGAAAGACCGAGGGUCAGACAGGUACCAUUGGCAUUCUACAAAGCAACUCCUACACAUUUGUUCUCAGAGUCUGACUUUGAGGGUUGGACAUUCAAGCCCGAAGCCGAGGAAUCUGUCAAUGUGAUAGAUGGUGGAGAAACAACUGUAAAAUCUGAAAAGCGGAAGCGGACAGCGCGAUAAAUUCAAACCCGGUGGAAUCAGAUGAAAGAUAAGGGGACAAAAUGAGGGGGAAUGACGGUAACUUACAAGCAUAUGUUUACAUUUAUCAAUGCUGAUUGGCAUAACUCUGGGUUGAUCUUUUGCUAGUCUUAUCUUUAUAUCUGCAAUUUUGAUAUUAAUUCUGUUGGUAGGUUGAAAAUAGUUUUGCUGAGGUGAUUUUUGGCAGACUAGAUGUCAAGAUCAUACUUAGAACAGCAGCUGGUUUGUCCACUAUUGAAAUUUUUGUUAAGAUGUAUUUUUUGAACAUGUCAUUGAGGAUAAUGAUGAUAAAUUAUGACUA